GCGCGGCAGCGUGAGAUGCGCCAAGCAGCUGAUCUUGCGGUUUCGCUCAAGCAGGAGCAAGUGCACCGCACCACCCUCGAGGUGGAGCUUGUAAACCAGCGCAGCCGCAUGGAGGAUCUGCAGCAAGAGCUCGUGCGCCUGCGGACUGCAAGUUCGCAGCAGGUGCAUGCUGCUGAGCUCGAGCUGCAAAAGCUCAAGGCGGAGGUCGACCGGCGUCCGCCCUCCGCCAGGAGUGCACCAAGGUCGGCAAGAGCGGAAAGUGAGGCGAGCAUCAUCUCGACAGCUCGGAAGUCCUACUACGGAGCGGAGGAGAGCACCGUAUCUUUGCACCUCGCCCUUCACCAGGACCCAGUUGCCGAGAACGAGGCCAUGUCUCCGGCCCUUCGAGUCAGCCUGGGUGGGGAGGUCGUGCCAGUGUCUUCCUUAGGCUCAGCGUGCAUUGAGGUGGCCGACGGCCGAGGUCCAAGCCUGGCAGACACUUGGCCGAACAAGGUGGCCUCGGAUACGCCGCGGUCCGGGCAGUUUAUCGUUGCCCAGGCUCUGACUGACGAUGCACGUAAGACGGCGCUGGACCUGGCCCGGGAUGUGGAGCGGACGAGGGAAGCGCUUGCCCUUGCAGCUGGCGAGGAGCUUCCGAGGCCUCUCCUCCUUGGCCGGGGCUCCAGCGGCAACACACCUCGCACGCCGAUGUUGACCUCCAGGAGCGACGAGACACCGCCUAUGGACUUGGGCUAUUCCCUGGCAGUGACCGUCGCUGACAAGGUCAGUGCUGAUGAGGAUUGGAUGCAGGGUUCCACUACAAUGAGUCGAUCGCUGCUGCGGCCGCCGCUGCCGCCCAACCGUGGCACAGAGCCCGCCAACCAGCCGCCUUUGCAUGCCCGUGGAGGUCCGUUUGUGGCCACGGUCAUGAAGGCGGGAGAAGAGACCUUGCCAGUGUUUGGUCCCGUCGAAGCUAGGCCUGGCGGUCAACAGCCGGACAGCCGAAAGACUUCUGCGACGAUGCUGGAGAGCUGCGCUUCGAUGGUCCCGGAGAAGGUCUUAGCUGAGGCCUUCCACCACGUAGCGACCGGCAACUUUUACGCAGGAGUUCUGGAGAGCGGAUCGCCCUUGGACUCCUCGCACACGGGGCGCACUGUCAUGGAGGAGGACAGCGCGGCUUCUCCGAGCAGUUGCGGCGGCGGCGCUCAAAGCACCGCGAACUUGGUCAGCAGCCACCUCGACGAAGCGCUCUAUUCGGCCAUGGCAAGGCAGUCCUCAACGCCACAAGGCGCUGCGUCGGUGGGCAGCGGCGAUCCGGGUGUCGCCCUCGCGGCGGCGGCGGUGGUCAGCGAGGUGACGCAGACGGCCAAGGCUGGUACCUGA